UUGUGACUGGUGUGUCCGUUCAUUUUAAUCAUGGGCAACUGGGAAAAAAACCUUUGUUUUAGUCACUGGUCUCCAGUAUCACAUAAUUGUGUGAAAGCUAAAGAGGAACAGCAAUUUGUCGUUGGAAAAUUCUUACAUUGGACAUGCUCAAGGGAUGUUAAUCUUCUACCAGAAGAAAGCUAAUGUUGGCAGUUGCCCUGUGGAGUUAACCAUUGCAGGCACCUUGUACCGGUGACCUAAUAACGUGAUAAACUGUCCACUGUAGUAACCGCUGUCCCUGAAAGGGUUUUAAACAUCUGCCAAAUGAUCUUUGAGAGCUUGGUACUCUCACUGCCGAAAGUUUCUUGCAAAAGUUUGUUUGCUUAAAUCCCAAGCCUCUUUGGAGUCUCAUGAGACGAAUUGCAACAAUGAGAACAUACCCAACUCUGGCUUUGCUACUGUGUGCAAUGCUGUCACUUGGGAAUUGUGCUUGCUAUGUUAAAGUGCAUGAUACAGGCGCAGCAUUUUGCCUGGACGACGUUGAUAAUAAAAGGCACCCAGUCGGAUCAUCUUGGAUAAACAGUGACUGCAUGUAUUGUACCUGCAGUAGUUGCUGCACCACGUACAGCAUUCCCAGACGAUUCCCUAGUGAUUGCGUGGCCGUGUUUAACAGAUCAGCGUGUGAAUUCAAAGUGUUCAGGCGGGAUGACCACUCUGUUGAAUGUCCAAUUUUUUCUGCCGUGGGAAAGUGAUGUUACAAUGACACACUUCACUGACCCUCGCCAGGAAAUAAAGCCACGUAUUUAAUAUUACUUACCGGCAGUUGGACUACUCUUAACCUGCAGCAACCUAAACUGAUGGAAGAAAAUAACAUAUAUAACAAUGACGUAAUUAAACAUUGAGGUUGAAUGUGACAACUGAAUAAAACACGCAAUCCCAUUU